AUGCCUAUUUCUGUCGCAGCCGAGGGUGGCGGGGCUCCGGUCCACGGGGAUGAUGUGCCUCUCGUUAUCGACGGCAAUGAAGUCUUGUCCGACGACACCUUCGACGUGGUCAACCCAGGUACGGGGGCUGUCAUACACAAGAGCUCGAAUGCCCAUGUGUCCCACGCGCAAGCGGCUGCCCAUGCUGCAGAAAGGGCUUUUGAGUCUUGGAGCCAGACGACACCUGCUCGGCGUCGAAACAUCUUCCUAGCGGCCGCCAAUAUUGUCGAGAAGCGUUCGUCAGAGUUGAAGGAGUACAUGAUGCAGGAGACCGGCAGUGACGAGGGAUGGGUAGAGUUCAAUAUGUACCUUGCCAAGGAGUGUCUCCUUGACUGUGCAAGUAGGAUUACUGCAAUCGAAGGGAGGAUACCGAGUCCAAGCGACCCGACCACGGGCGCGCUCGUUGUGAAGGAGCCCUACGGCGUUGUUCUGGCCAUGGCACCCUGGAACGCCCCCUAUGCGCUAGGCUUCAGAGCCGUCGUGUGGGCGAUUGCUGCGGGUAACACUGUUGUCUUCAAGGGCUCGGAGCUGAGCCCUCGCUCGCUCUGGGCUGUUGCUUCAGUGCUUCAAGAAGCGGGGCUCCCCAAUGGCGCUAUCAAUUUCAUCACCUGCAACCCGCAGAAUGCCCCAGAAGUUACCAAGACCCUGAUCAGCAACCCAAUCAUCAAGAAGAUCAACUUCACCGGCAGCACAGCCGUGGGUCGCAUUGUCGCCGAAUGGGCCGGCGCAAACCUGAAACCCCUUCUCCUCGAACUGGGUGGUAAAGCACCGGCUAUCGUAUGCGAAGACGCUGACCUUGACGUCGCAGCUAAGCAAUGUGCGCUGGGAGCAUUCAUGUAUGCGGGACAGAUCUGUAUGAGCACCGAGCGUAUCCUAGUCCACAAGUCGAUCCGCCCGGAUCUGGAAGAGAAGCUGAGGGAAUGGACGUACAAUCUUUUUGCUUCGCAGAGCGACAGCCCUGUCCUGAUCGCAGACCGAGCGGUGGCCAAGAAUCAACGUCUGGUCCGGGACGCCUUGGCCCAGGGCGCAUCACUGGUGUGUGGUGAUGUGGAUGCUAUCGAAUCAACCAAGACACAGCUGCGGCCCAUAAUCAUUAGCAACGUCAAGCCCGACAUAGAAGUCUAUAUAACCGAGUCUUUCGGCCCAACAGUCUCCAUCAUUGAGUUUGAGACCGAGGAGGACGCCCUAGCCAUUGCAAACGAUACUGACUACGGCCUCUCUUCAGCCAUCUUCUCUCGCGAUCUGCGAAGAGCUUUGAGGCUUGCUAAGAGGAUAGAGACAGGAGCUGUACAUAUUAACCGCAUGACUGUUCAUGAUGAAUCAGCCCUACCGCAUAGAGGUGCCAAGUCCAGCGGCUUCGGGAGAUUCAAUGCAGGGAUGGAGGAAUGGGUACGGACUAAGAAUAUCACGUAUGAUUUAUGA